GAUACUUCAACCGAAACGUCACAUUAGCUACGUCAGUGAUAUGUAAACGUACUUCUCAUAUGAGGCCAACUAAAAUAUUUCAAUAUUAUUUUUUUGAAUAAGAAUUAAUAUGUGCAACUAAUUUUUUUACUUAUCGGAAUCCUCAACUCACUAGAUAAAAACAAGAAUUAUGGGUAUGUUAUUUAGUUAUUUCAAAAGCCUAAUAGGCACACGCGAAAUGCGAAUUUUAAUAUUGGGCCUAGACGGUGCAGGCAAGACGACGAUAUUAUAUCGAUUACAAGUAGGAGAGGUAGUUACAACUAUUCCAACGAUAGGAUUUAACGUUGAACAAGUGACUUAUAAAAAUCUCAAAUUUCAAGUGUGGGAUUUAGGAGGUCAAACUAGUAUAAGACCUUAUUGGAGAUGCUAUUAUAGUAAUACGGAUGCUAUUAUUUAUGUGGUUGAUUCAGCUGAUAAGGAGAGGAUAGGCAUAUCAAAAGACGAAUUAGUUCCGAUGUUAAGGGAGGAGGAAUUAUCAGAUGCCAUUUUAGUAGUCCUGGCUAACAAACAGGAUAUACCAGGUUGUAUGUCACUAAAAGAAGUACAUCAAGCUCUAGGACUUGAAGCUUUAAAAAAUAGGACUUUCCAAAUAUUUAAAACAUCGGCUACUAAAGGAGAAGGAUUGGAUAUGGCGAUGGAAUGGCUGGCUAACGCUCUUAAAAACAGGAAAUAACACUAAAUAUCCAGAGUAUUCUAGUCUUAAUCAAACACCGUAUAACUGUAUAAAUUAUUUUAUAAAGUUUUUAAAUUUUAUUUAAGGAAGUCCCUACAUAAUGCCCCUUGAAUGUAGCUAAAGAAACACUGAUUUCGGAAUGAAAACAAGUAGUUCAUUUGAAUCAUGUUUCAUAAAAUAUUUAAGGUCUUGUGAAAUUACUUUCUAAUCGAUUCAUAUACGGUUCUUGGUAGAAUUUGAUAUGAGGAAAAAGUGAUUGUUUGAAAAAAUUAGAGCUUUUGGAAUUCUAGUAGCUUGUUUGAUGUAUGCUUCAAACUCAUACUAACUUUUGAGUACAUUUAUUAAAAAGUUGCAAACAGUCUGGCUCUGAAAUGUGUAUUAUUUAUUUCAUAUAAACAUCCAUUUUAUUUCAAGGAAAGGGAUUAUGUAAGGAUUUUUUUUAUCACUGUAGAUAUUGUUAUUGUGAAAAAAUAACUUUCAUUUACCCUUAAGAAAUGUUUCAGGUAUCAAGUAUGAAUAUACAGAAUGUAAAUAUGAAGAUACAGUUGAUAAAUGAACGUUUUUUAAACAUUGUUUGAGCUCCCUUAUGAUUCACAUAUUUCCAGGUUUAUUUUUUGAAAUAUUUUGAUUCUCUUUUUACCUGAAACAUUUUCCUUGCCGAUUUUAUGAACAGUAUUCACCAAAUCAUUUACAUACACUGCACUACAAAAUUAAAGCAUAAUAAUUUCACAAUUUUUGUCAAACCCGUUAUUGGGUUGAAGAAAAUAAACUAUGAAGUGUAUUAAUAAAAAUACAGGGUAUAUCGAUAAUUGAUCAUUUAAAAAUUGAUUUAUUUCCAUCCCCUUGAUUUCAUAACUGUUUCAUAUGUUUAAUACUUGAUCGGUUUUAAUAAAAAUUCGUUUAGGCUUCUAGGUGAAGGUAGUAAGCCUCUAAUCCGACCACCCAUAUCAUUCCAAUAAUCUUCAAUGUGGUUAAGGUCAUGAGUUAUAGUGGAUCAAAUGUAUCAAACUGAUUGAAUUACAACCAACUCUUCAAAACUAAAGUUACUUCAGAUCAUAUUUCCUCUACUAUACAGUUGCGUCAGGAUGUUGAUACAUAUUUUUUUACAGCAAUUUUAACUCACAGAGUGUUGCCUCUACCAACUCACAACAGGCAAUUAAACACAGAUUGCGUUUUGGAAGAUUAUUAUCAACAAUUGGGUUAAAAAACAAACAUAAAAAAUUAUUUAUUAUUGAUAAAUAUGCGUGAAUUUUGUGGCGUAGUGUAUAUUUAAAAAAUGUUUUCGAAAUAAUUUUUGCUUGCAUUCCAUUUAUUUUCAUUUUGUGCGUUAUAAACUUAUUUUCGAAAUAAAUACUUUUGUACAUUUCAAUAAAAGGUAAAUGUUCA